AUGGCUCUCAUGUACGGUAAAGAAAAAGAUGUCGAGCAGGAUACCGCUGCAACCGUGGAUCCUGGAUUUAUAUCCUUUUACAAUGGCUUGCCCAAGAAGUCCCCGGAAACUGGCACCGUUCGUCUAUUUUUCCGCGAAGAAUUCUACGUUUGCUACGGCCCCGACGCACACUACGUUGCCACCAACGUCUUCCACACGAACUCGGUCAUCAAGCAUCUUGGGAUAGGAGCAAAAUCAUUGCCAUCUGUCAUUCUCAGACCCAAUAUGGCGACGAUGAUGCUCCGCGACGCUCUUACCACCAAACAGUUGAAAGUAGAAAUAUGGGUACCGGAGCCUGGUCAAAGCAAAAAGUCGACGAAGUUCAGGCUAGAUAAAGAGGCUUCACCGGGAAACCUCCAAGCCGUUGAAGAGCUUUUGUUCUCAUCCACCGAUCUUACCACUAAUCCAAUUGUCAUGGCCAUCAAAGUCGCUAACGCACCUUCGUCUACUGGCGACAAGGCGAAAUCCAAGACAGUCGGUAUUGCAUUUGCAGAUAGCAAUGCCCGUGAACUCGGGGUUGCUGACUUCGUCGAUAACGAACUGUUCUCAAAUACUGAGUCCUUAAUAAUACAACUGUCUGUCAAAGAAGCAAUUGUACAGACCGGUACAUCUUCCGGGAAAACCGACAGAGAUGUUGAGUUAAACACGCUGAAAUCGGUAUUGGACCGAUGUGGUGUAGUCAUCACUGAACGCAAACCUAGCGAGUUCAUGUCCAAAAAUGUCGCGGAGGAUGUCAUUCGUAUACUUUCCCCCGCAUCCCUUCCUCCGUCGGCCAGUACAUCAACAGAUCCAGCCAAACUCAUACGUAUGUCCUCCAAAGCGACCAUCAUUGAAGGCUACGUCAAUAACAUGUAUACUUUAGCCCAUCUCGACCUCCCUGUGGCACCGGGAGCCCUCAACGCCCUCAUUACGUACCUCCAACUUCUUUCUGACAUGUCAAACCACGAAACAUAUACCCUCCGCUCUCAUGACCUAACCCAGUAUAUGAAACUUGAUGCCAGUGCCCUUCGCGCCCUCAAUCUAACUGAAGCGCCAGGAAACUCGGGGACAGUUACUCGAAAUACAACUCUGCUGGGGCUGCUCAACAAGUGCAAAACAGCCCAAGGUACCCGUCUCCUGGGGACAUGGCUGAAACAACCUUUGGUUAACCUUCACGAGAUUCGUAAACGCCAGAACCUCGUUGAGAUAUUUGUUGAAGCCACGAAUGCUCGCCGGACACUACAGGAUGAAUAUCUGAAGUAUAUGCCCGACCUACGUCGUCUGAGCAAGCGAUUCCAACGAGGUCUUGCUACACUAGAAGAUGUUGUCCGAGUCUAUCAAGUCAUGUUGAAGCUCCCCGAUAUGGUUGUUGUCCUCGAGAACGUUGACUCAACGAAGGGACAAGAGCUGAUUGAAGAAGUAUUCCUCAGGUCACUCAGGGAAUAUACCGAAAGCCUGGCGAAAUAUGGCGAAAUGGUGGAAGAAACGAUUGAUUUAGAUCAGCUGGACAACCACAAUAUCGUCAUCAAGCCUGAAUAUGACAAUGAAUUGAAGAAAAUCUCGGAGAAGCUGACAGAGGUACGCGAUGGCUUGGACCAAGAGCAUCGUAAAGUCGGGCGAGACUUGGACCUCGAGCUAGACAAGAAGCUUCAUCUGGAGAACAACGCCACCUAUGGUUAUUGUUUCCGCGUCACAAAGAAUGAUGCCAAAGCAAUCAAGAACAAAAAGUAUACUGAGAUCACCACGCUGAAGACAGGGGUCUUCUUCACUACAUCUGAUUUAAAGGAGCUGGCCGAAGAAUACGUGACUUAUACUGCUCAGUACUCCAAGACUCAAAGUAGUGUCGUGAAGCAAGUCGUGGAGAUCGCUGCUACUUACACCCCUGUGCUGGAUUUGUUGGACACAGUGAUUGCUCCUCUUGAUGUGAUAGUCAGCUUUGCCCAUGUCUCUGUCAACGCCCCGGAACCGUACGUGAAACCAACGGUGGUAGAACGGGGCUCGGGCAAUCUUAUUCUUCGGGAUGCCCGACAUCCUUGUCUGGAAGUGCAAGAUGAUAUCAGCUUUAUCCCCAAUGACAUCGAGAUGAUCAGAGAUAAAAGUGAAUUCCAGAUAAUCACUGGUCCCAACAUGGGCGGAAAGUCGACAUACAUCCGUCAGACUGGCGUUAUUGCUCUCAUGGCGCAGAUAGGGUGUUUUGUACCGUGCUCCGAAGCUCGGCUACCUAUCUUCGACUCUGUCCUCUGCCGAGUUGGAGCUGGUGAUAGUCAGUUGAAGGGCAUCUCCACUUUUAUGGCGGAGAUGCUGGAAACUGCUACUAUUCUUCGAUCCGCGACGAAAGAUUCUUUGAUCAUCAUUGAUGAGCUAGGUCGAGGAACAUCAACAUACGAUGGCUUCGGACUUGCUUGGGCGAUCUCUGAACACAUCGCGUCUCAGAUUCACGCGUUCUGCCUAUUCGCGACGCAUUUCCACGAGCUGACAGCGCUGGACCAACAGAUACCACACGUCAAGAAUUUACACGUCGUAGCCCAUGUUACUCAGACUGGAACGACGAAUCAAGAGCGAGAUAUCACGCUACUGUACAAAGUAGAGCCUGGUAUAUCCGAUCAGAGCUUUGGAAUUCACGUUGCAGAACUGGCUAACUUCCCAGAGAGUGUCGUCAAGCUGGCGAGACGCAAAGCUGAGGAGCUUGAGGAUUUCGGAGGGGAAAACUCUUCUACGCAAGAUGUCGCAUCCGAAGUCAUCGCAGAGGAAGGCAUCACGAUAGUGGAAGAAUUACUUCGUACCUGGGCUUCAAAAGCCUCGCGCUCAAGCACAGACGCCGACGUAGACAUGGAUGGUGAAGUCUCGACAGAGAUACAGCUUGACGAACUGCGGCAAUGCGUGGAGCUUUUCAGGCCACAACUAGAACAAAAUGCAUGGAUUCAGUCGCUUUUGGGUUCUUUGUAG